AUGGGUUCAGCAAACCAGACCGGUGACUCAGCGUUUGUCCUGCUGGGUUUCUCCAGCGAGCCCAGGCAGCAGUGGCUCCUCUUCCUGCUCUUCCUGACUCUGUACCUGGUCACCGUGGGGGGAAACCUGCUCAUCGUCCUGGCCAUCAGCACCGACUCACACCUCCACUCCCCCAUGUACGUUUUCCUCACCAACCUGUCCCUGGUCGACAUCUGUUUCUCCUCCACUACUGUCCCCAAGAUGCUGGCCAACGUGCAGACCAGCAACCCAGCCAUCUCCUAUGCCGGCUAAAUGUAUUUUUCAUCUCUAUUCGGAGGUUUGGAUGACUUCCUCUUGGUCGUGAUGGCUUCUGACCACUUCAUGGCCAUCUGUCAGCCCUUGGGCUAUGCUACAGCCAUGAAUCCCAGGAGCUGUGUCCUGCUGGCGGCCACCUGCUGGUUCAUUGCUCAGCUUAAUUCCCUGCUACACACAAUCCUGUUGGCUCAGCUAACCUUUUGUGCCGACCACACCAUCCCACACUUCGUCUGUGACCUGAUCCUGCUGCUUGCUUUGUCCUGUUCUGUUCCCACCAUCAGUGAGCUGAUGCUAAUGUCUGUGGGUGGGGUGGUGAUUUUAAUCCCACUAACAUGCAUCUUGGGCUCUUAUGCCCACAAAAUCUCUGCUAUCCUGAGAAUGCCCUCAGCAGGAAGCAAGCGCAAAGCCUUCUCCACCUGUGGUUCUCACCUGGCUGUGGUCUUACUCUUCUACGGGACAGUCAUUGGUGUAUACCUUUGCCCCUCAUACCCUGGCUCCACAGAUGAGGGCAGCCUAGCUGCAGUGUUGUAUGCAGUUGUGACCACACUCCUCAAUCCCUUCAUCUACAGCCUGCACAACCACGACCUGCACUGGGCCCUCAAUAAGCUCUUCUGCCAGAGGAUGCCCUUUAUCCUGCUAGAGAGAUUCCAGGUCCCUAAAUAG